AUGGGUGUCGGGAUGAGCAGGGGACUAGCCGUUUCUGGAGAAACCGAGCACAGCGGUCGCUUCAUGGAAUCAUACAGUGAUUAUCGCGUAGUUUUCCAUAAAGCAAAACCAUUAGCUCCCAUAUGUGCUUUUCUUGGCCCAUAUAGGGAUUUGCUCGCCGCGGUAAGGUACUCUUCCUCCUCGACCGAGACUCCUGCGGGCGACCGUCUCGUCUUGUCCCGUAAUAUUCUCGUCGAUGGGGCGCCUAGUCUCCAAAUUGGUCAGCUUGGUCUGAUGCCGACCAAACCUUUCCCCCUCCGCGCAGUCGGGGAUUCCGUGGGAGAGCAUCAAAUGAAUAUCGGCCUUGUGCAUGCGGUUACACUCGCUAAGAGCCCGUCUCCUCCAAUCACGGUCGGUAUUCGAUGGACCAACCAGAUAGUUGCGACCAUGCAGUCAUCAUGUCGGUUUGACAAUAAGGAAGGCCGCCGGGAGAGUGUGCAGUUACACCGACCUCAACACCGACCACGAUGUCUGAUACAGGCCGAAGUCCCGCCGGGGUUGGGACUAACCUUAAUCACGGCAGAUAUGCGCUGGCCGAGGCCUGGCCGAAGGUCACCGAAAACAUCGGCCCCAGAGGACGGCCACGGCUUGAUGCAUGGAUGCACUAUGCUACAGCUGCUUUUCCCUGCAAUGUUCGAGCCAUUGACCCCAAAUGUUCUGGAAGGUGCUACCCGCUCGACGGGUGAAGAUGUGGGAUGUCAGAUGCUUAUCCGGAGGAGCAGUCUGGUGGGGACGAUUAGGCUGCCUUCAGGGAGGGUGCCCUGCGCCCGUCCCAUACUCGCCGGCCGACUGAGGGAAAAAGCGCGCGACGCAAGCCGGGCACCUCACUGGCCCAAGGGUGGCAACCCAUACUCCUUGCUGGCGUCCCUCGGGCGGCUUAGCGUCUAA